AUGGGAAUUCGCAGACACCCCACCGUCACAGACCAUGCCGACUGGUCUUCACAGGAGUCGACUCGCGAUCGUAAGUACGUUCCAAGCAAGCUCUACGGCCAGAAUGUCAACCUGAGUCGUGUAGAAGUUGGUGACGAGUGCUGGACGCUGUCGGUUCAUAUAGACUGCAUAGUCAUAGCAGUGGAUGGUGCUUAUUGGAAUAACGGCACUCUCAAGGCCAAGGCUGCUGCUGGAGUGUUUGUCGGUCACAAAUCCACGUUCUAUGACGGCUUCAUCCUUAAUGUGCCGAACCCAACAAGCCAAAUAGCGAAGCUCAGAGCAGGUGUGCGUGGGCUGGAACAGGGUCUGGCCAUUGAAAGUCAAGGAGUAGAAGACGAAAAUUUGCGAAAGGUCGUCAUCAAAGCAGAUUCAGAAUACCUUGUGAAGGGCAUGACCGAAUGGGUUUUUACGUGGAAGAUGAAUGGUUAUCAGACAUCAAGGGGGGCGGCCGUGGCAAAUGCCUCACUAUUGAGGAAGCUUUAG